AGGGCACAGAAAAGCCACACAGACAAAAGUUUAUUAGUGUUUCGUUCUUAUUUGAUGGAAUAAGACGGAUUUAAGAAGCGUUUGAGAUGUGUACCCAGACCAGCUGACCAUGUAUUCGCUAAGGAAGUGGCUGUAUAAGCCGAAGAAGUCUGAUUCUUCGCUGCUGGCCCAGUUCUAUUAUGCAGACGAGGAACUCAACAUGGUCGCCACAGAACUGGACAGUUUUGAUGGCAGAAAGGAUCCAGAACGGUGUGCCACGCUGGUCAACCAGCUACGUGUUUGUCAAGACAAAGUGCUCACUCAUAUACAGAAAAUCAUGGACCAGGCCAUCGAUGUUCAACGAGCUAAUCGGGACUUCCGUGUCAAAUUCCCUGACGAUGUUUUACAGGAGAGUUUAGGGGGUCAGCUGUGGUUUGGUGCUGAGUGCCUUGCUGCUGGGUCCAGCAUCAUGAACCGGGAGGUGGAGAGUGCUAGCAUGAGGCCACUGGCCAGAGCCUUGACCAAGAACCUGGACAGUCUGAGGGCCAUAUUGCGAGAUCAGUGCUUAAGGAACAUCAACUGUUACACUGAUCGGAUUAAAGAGGCCCUGGUAAUAUUUGAUAAAUUGUUUGCUGAAUUUGAAUUAAGUUAUGUCAGUGCUAUGGUGCCCGUGAAGACAAUGAGAGAGUACGACCUCUUACAGGAGGUCAUUGUCCUUUUUUCCGAGACAGUUCAGAGGUCUCUGGAUCUUCGUCUACUGACCCAGGACAUGAUAGAUGAUUAUGACCCGGCCUUGAUGUUCACAAUCCCUCGUCUGGCCAUUGUCUGUGGCCUCCUUAUUUACCCCGAGGGUCCUCUGAACCCAGACAAUGACCCACUCAACAUGCCAGAGAUGUUCAGACCUUUCCAGAUCCUGCUCUACAAAAUCAGAGAACUACUGUACACCUUGAGUACAGAAGAACUAUUCACAUUGGAGAAGGCUUUGUGUAGCCAGGAGGAACCUGCAGAAACGAAAUCCCUGCGAGAGACCUCUCGAUCGGACUUUCACCAACAGAACGGUGACCUGCAUGCAGAGGGAGGCCACUCUUCUGCCUGUCUGUGUGGGGAGGAAGCUGUGGGUAAUGAGAUGCGGGUGUCUUUGGAUGGUCCCAUCAUCGUGCACACCCCUAACUCUGGGAGCCCUGUCACCCCCGUGAAGGACGAUGAACCUUUCAGCCUGGGUCAGAUGAGCCAGUCUCCAUCCUUAGUAACCAUUGUGGUUCAGACUCACUCGUUGAGUGAAAAGGAGACGGAACGGCUGGAGGAGAUGAUGGACCAGGCCCUACCCACCUGUAUGAACCACCAAGACAGCAGCGACUCGGGCAUGCACAGCGAAAACACCAGCCUUUCUGAAAACGCCACUGAGUCCAUUCCAGAUUUGCCCCACCAUCAGCCACCACAAGAGGGAGACGACUCUGUGUUUGUGGAGACUGUUUCUGCUUCAUCUUCAAACCAAAGCAGCUUCUGUGAUAGAAAUGGUGCAAUGGAGACUGACCGUGCGUCGGGGGUCAGCUCUGUUAACGGGUGUGCUGCUGGUGGCAGCCCUAAACGCAGAGAAAGACGAACAGAGAGUAACCCUGAAGACAAUACCUCUCCCUGUGCAUGUAGAUGUUCCCUCAGUGAAAUAGCUGAAGGGCAGGGAGAAGACAGUGCAGCCAGUCUGGAGAAAAUUCACUCAGAUCUUCUGUCAAGCUCAAGACAGAGAGCCCUUGACUCUGAAAUUCCUGAAAUAUCUGUGUGUGGUGCCUCAUCAGAGAACAGUGAAUUGGACAGUGCUAGCAGUGGGACUGCGUCUGACAGUGGAACGCUCGUUCAUCAUGCAGAUGAAAUCUCGUUUUGUCCCGAGGGUGAGAGUUCCCAGCAUGUGGACAAUUCCCAGCAUGGAAAUGGGACAGUAGGAUCUGCUGAAACCAUGUCAAAGCGAGAACUGGAAAUGGACCCAUCACAUUUCUCUCACAAAGCCAAAACCAGUGGAAUGAACCAAUAUUCAGAUCAGCUUCAGUCACGUGACCCAAAAACUGAUGGCUCUAGAUUAGUUAGUUCAAAUAUCCGUUCACAGAAACAGGCUGGUCGGUCUUCCACAUCUUCAUUUGACAGACUCAAGGGAGGUAAGUCAGGGUCAUCACUUCAGGAUAGAGAAGAGCAGAUGUCUGGAGAGUAUUUGGAGGUUCCACGACUGCAGUCCCUGCGUUACGCAUCAGACAGCAUCAGCUCCACUUGUUCAAGUUGUCGUACAGGGUCAACGGUUAGCAGCGAGUGCGAGUGGGAUAGAGAGAGCAGUUGUGCCAGUAGUGAGACUAGUUCGUACAACUCCGAGUGUCAUGACGAUGAAGAGAUCGCCCUGGCCAUUCAGGCGGCUGACCUUGCCUCUCGUAAUGAGGCAAGGUCUCGGUUCCGCAGCAGCAGUGACCUCAUUCACAGGCUCUUUGUUUGUAUAUCUGGUGUUGCUGAUCAGCUUCAGACAAAUUACGCCAGUGAUCUGAGGAAUAUACUCAAAUCUGUGUUUGACCUGAACUGCUCUGAACCUCUCAUACUAGCAGAUGACCUUGUGGCUGCUGGUGGCCAACAUUCAAGAUCAUUUGUUCCUCAGACAUCCACAUCUGGGCCAUCAGGACCCAGCCGGGAUCAAGGUCACAACUCUGAUAGAAGACUACGGUCAAGGUCCUUAGAUGAGCCUCCCCUGUGGGUGCCAGACGAAGACUCACCCUGCUGCUCAUCAUGUAAGAUCCCCUUCACCAUCGUACGAAGGCGACAUCACUGUAGAAACUGUGGAAAGAUCUACUGUUCUCGCUGCUCUCCCAACUCAGUCCCGCUGCCUCAUUUUGGCCAUGCGAAGCCCGUCCGGGUGUGUAACCACUGCUUCAUGUUCCAGGUCACGCCGUUUACCAUGGCAGAGUGAAUAGACUUCUCUGAGGUAUUCACCAGGGCACAUUGAAUAGACUUCUCAAAGUGAAUUGAUUUUUCACUUGUUUUGCAUUUGCUACCACAUUCUGAACUAGCUGAUGAUUGCAAAUGACGCUAUAUCUGCAGCAGUAACACAUACAGAUUAUUUUCUGGGUCAUCUUCUAUUGUGUAAUGCCUGGAAGGUCAAUGAACAAUUGUCAAGGAGAUGAAUGAAUGUCAUCAAUUUUGUGAUUAUUGCAUUGCUAGAAUCACUGGUCUAGGAUUUGAAUUGGACACACUGUACCAUUAAUGUGUGAAUAGGGAACAAAUUACCAGAAUCCUACGACAUAUGUAGUCUUUCAUGGGCUUUUUGCAUUUGUGGCAGCUAUUUGCUACAGUGGUGCCAUACUUUAGCAGAAAACCCGAAAAUGCCAACCAAUACUUUUACAUACUGGACAUGUGAUAAGAAUGUAAUUGUUUUGUUUUAAUUUUAUUAUUAUUAUUAUUUGAGAGAGAGGGGAAUUCAUGAUUUUUUUUCUUUUGAUGCAUUAUUUCAGAUCUGUGUCAUUCCACAAACUGCAAGUGUACUUUUGUAUGAUUUAACUGUUGAAGUCAGGUUCUAAGCUAAGUGACAGAAAACAAUGUUUACAACUGUGACGAUUUUACAGUUUUUUUACGCCCAUGUAUUUUGUCAUUGUUUUUCUGUCCUGAUGUCAUUCAUUAAUAGUUACCAUUGUCCUUGACAGUUCAGUUUUGUGGAAGCUGCAUCAAUUGGUCUAAACUGAAUACUGUCAGAGUACCCUAUUCUGCUGUUCUCUAGUAUUGCUGAUCAACGUCCACUGGCCUCAAGCUGUAAAUUGGACAUCUGUGCUCAACCCCCAAGGGGCAUGUGUUACUCGAAUAAUCAUUUCGCGAUGACUGAUGCUUUGAACAACCCUACGUAGUGCUACGUGCACAUUAUUUGAUGUACACAAUCUAAACAUACCUUUUACCUGUUCAGUUUAGAUUUUAUUAUAAGUACAGUUCUCUGUAUUUCGUUUUGCUAGUUUAAUUUCACAGCAGUAUUCUGAAAUCAUUCUGCACUUGUUUGUAACCGUACUCUCUUGUUUGUCAUCUUCUCAAGCGAACAUUUAUACUGGAACAACGACAAGUGGCCUUGGUUUGCAGGUGUUAGGAAAAUAUAGUAUCACUCCCAGUGUUGUUGCUUACUACAUUAUGAUAUAGGAAACUGAUGUAAACUACUUAGAAUUUCUCAUCAAGUGAAUUAUAUUUCAUUGAACCUCAUUUUUUAUACAUUCAAUUGUGCAUGUAUAUCGAGGCGUCCAGUUUUCAGUGAAUUUGAUGUGACAUUUUACUGUAUUCUGAUGUGACAUUUUAUUGUGUUCUGAUGUGAUAUUUUAAGGACUCCUUCCUAUUGUGUUUCUUUGAUCAAAUUUAUGUUUGCAGAGAAAAUAAAACUGAUUAUACAGGUUUUGACCGUUAAAGUAAAUGCCAGAUUGUGUAAAACUCUCCUCCCUGUAGUCAUUGUAGACAUUCUGCGAGCAGUCACCACAGGUAAUCAGUCUAGAUGUGUAUAAUAUAUAUUCCUAUUUAGACACUCACUUCAUAGCUUAUAUUCUAAUGGUCACAACAUAAGCAGUACACGUAUUCUGAUCAUCUUUACAGUGCAAGGAGUUCAAAUCAGCAGAUGUAUAACUUUUUGGGAAAGAGAAAUGUGAUAUCUAUCCAUCAGUGGGUUGAAGUUUAACUUACACUUUGAACCAAACUAUCUGAACUAGUAUCCUUACCUGGGUUGUAUUAUGCUGUACAUCCAGAAGCUCUUUUGUGUCAUGGUUAGAAACAUACAUGGAUUAAUUCUUGUUAUUUUAGUAAGUGGCUAUUUCCUACUGUUCUCUACAAUAUGCCAUCAUUUCAGUUGAUUUGCAUUUGAUGGUGUGUAUAUGGUUGUGUUAUAGUGCACUUGAAUCAAUCAAUCACCCACAAUUCCCUUGGAAACUGGCGAAAUAAUGUUGAAUUUCAAAAUAAAUCUGAAUUUUUAAACAUGACUUUUUAUUUUAAAUAUCUGUUUUAUCAUUUUGCCAUUGUGAAUAACAUGCAUUUUACUUUUGAAAUCAUUUGUGUAUGGCCUUCACAUUGCCUUAAUUUUUAGAUUUAAUGAAAUAAUUUUAUCAUGGAUUGAUAAUGUGUUUCAUUGUAAUGAUAUGUAUGUAGUCUUGUUAACAGAGCGUCAAUCUCGUAGCUUCACACCACAUCGUGAGCACAAAAUGUGGUCACUCAGUCAUGUAUUUUGCUCUUUAUUGCUGAAAUUUAUGGAUGUAGGACUACUUUUAUAUCCAUCAAGACAACCCUAUUCUGCAUAAAUAUCAGCAGAUAAAGGAUCAACCAGAUUUGCAUUAAGUCACCCAUCCCAGUGUGUGUUUUAACAUCCAGAUCAUAUGUGCUAUGAAUAUAGUGGUAUUACCCAUUGUAAUUUUACAGUGACAGGUCAGAUAUGUGAAAUAAAUAUAUUGCUGUAGAAUCAGCUAUUUACAAACUCUUGGAAUCCUGUGUUUAUUCAUUGAUACAUCAGUAAUGAAGGGUUAAAGUCUCAAAAGCUUUCACGUGACAAUCUGUAUGCCAUUUGACCCAUUUUAUUGGUUGACACACUUUGUGGGUAUUAUUGAGGCCAAAAAAAACCACCACUGAAAUGAAGCUUAUAUUAGGUGAAAGACCAUUAAAGA